GCGCCGCUGCGCCGCCGCGGGAGGGCUGCGGCGCCGCCCGGCGGUCGGGAGCGGGCGCGCUGUGCCGGCGCUCCCUAGCUCUGCCCUUCCCGCGCCGCGGGCCCAGGGGCAGCUGCUCCCGGCUGCGUUGAGCCCUCAGCAGGGACCAGCUAGAGAGGUGCAGUCAGUGUGAAGAACAGCAGAGCAGCUCCCAGACCCAUGAUGCUACCAGCAUGGGAAAUGUGUGCCUACCUGUUCCUUACCAUUGGCUCUCACUUCUAUUCUUUCUAUGAAGUAUACCAGGUUUCUCAAAAAUAUGAAGAUGAAAUUGACAGAAGCUUUGGACUGGAACAAGGGACUCUGUUUUGGGGCCUUAAGAAGGACGCCUUGGAUUUUGAAUGGAGCUAUUGGAUCGAAUGGGGAAGGGAAUACAUACUGUGGCUUCUGGCUGGUCAUCUGCUGGUAUCACAAAUGUGCAGGCUGUUUGUGGAGAAGUAUAAACCAUGGUGCUUGAUGGCGUAUGGGAUGGCUGCCUGCUGGUUUUUAUUAGGAAUCAAGGGCUUUGCGGUCAUUUUGUUACACGCAGCUAUUUCGUUUGCUGUGGCUCAGUUUCAGAUACCGCUCCUGACGUGGCUGUGCUCACUUAUCCUGUUAUCUACUUUACGCAUACCAGCAGUGGAAGAAGCCAAGAGAAAGUGGUACGGCACUGAAAAUGAGUAUUAUCUGCUUCUCUUCACGGUGUCUGUUCGUUGCCUCUUCAACACAAGUUUCAGCCUGGAAUACUGCUGGCAUGGACAUGCCCAGAAAUCAUCUCAUUCGUUCCUGUGGAUGCUGGCAUAUGUGUUUUAUUAUCCCAUGUUCCACAAUGGGCCCCUUAUGAACUUUGAUGAGUUUAGUAAACAGAUGAGGAAACAAGAAGCCUUCAGUUUGAAGACCAAUCUUGGCAUCUUAAUCGUGGGCAUAAUUCGUAUUUUCUUUUGGUGGUGCUUGGCUGAGCUAAUGAUUCACUUCAUGUAUAUCCAUGCUAUCUGCAGUACUUCUUCACCUUUGGAAGCUAUGUCAUACUGGGCCUUAGGUGGUGUGGCUUUAGCUCAAGUAUUAUUUUUUUACGUGAAGUACCUCGUUCUGUAUGGUAUUGCUGCCCUCCUUCUCCAAAUGGAUGGACUCAGACCUCCAGCCCUUCCUCGCUGCGUGAGCCUGAUGCACAGUUUCACUAAAAUGUGGAGAAGCUUUGACGUUGGGCUGCAUCGCUUUCUGGUCAGGUACAUUUAUGUUCCCAUGGGAGGAUCUCAGUCCAGUCUGCCAAGAAUGCUCUUUUCCACUGCCCUCACUUUUGCCUUUGUAAGCUAUUGGCAUGGAGGACAGAGCUACCUGUGGUACUGGGGAGUACUUAAUUGGCUUGGAGUAAUUGUGGAAAAUGGCAUCAAGAGGAUACUUUCUGUUUCACUUAUUCAAGACUUAAUUUAGAGAUGAAGUGCUCGGAAUUCAUACUCUGUCAUACUGUGCUGGCGGUGACUCACUCUUCAGUCUUGAUGCUCAAAUAAUCAUGCUUGUUCUCCAUCCCUAUUUCAGUAUUUUUUGCGGGGGGAGGCUGUGGAAUUCCAAGUUUGGCAAUGGAUUCAGCUAAGUAGUUUAGUAUCCAGUGCUACCUUAUAUCAUUCUUGUGCCCAUCACUGUGAAUUUGGUGACUGUCUGGAAGCAGCUUUUUUCCAUCCUAGAGAAUGAGUAUAUCAGAUCCUUUAAUUUGCCUUCUGGAGUGAAACUGAGCUUCAGCAUCUGACCAGUUGCAUACAUAGUCCUCUGAACUGGAAAACAAAGGUUUUCAGGCAUCAAAUGAGGAAUACAUAACUGUAGGGGCUCUUUGUACUUGCUGCCAUUGUAUUGGAUAUUCUCAAAGAACUCUUAAGUAAUUAAGUGCUUAAAUACCGUGAAAAUGAUAAAGACAUGGCAUUGUGAAGGUGGGUCGUAUGUGAUGGAUUAAUUCUAAAUAUAGUUAACCAGUGCUGCCAAUAAGGUUCAUUUUUUGUACAAUAAAUCCCCUAACAAUGAACUAAGCGCAUUUCCCCCCUCUCCUCCUUUCUUAAAGUUGAGUUACAGAAUUCAGGUGAAUUGGAAUAAGAUACUUUUUUUGAAAAAUGGGAAAAAUAAGUUGAAUUUCAAUUUGGCUUCAUUUUUAAAAUUGAAUUGAUCAUGAAGUAUAACAAUAAUUAAAGAAAAGCUGCUUCUGUUUUUCCCUACUGUGUCCUCUCCCUUCUCUUGCAAAAGAUUUAGAAAUCUAAAUAAAGUGCAUUUUAUUCUUAUCAUUCACUGAAUCCUGUGCUAAGAAUAUGUAUAAAAGAAUUGGACCCUACAUUUAUUCAGAUUUUAUGGUAAUUUAAAUCUCCAGCAUUUCAAACCUAGCACAGUGUGAGCAAAUAACACUUUUAUAGCUUUAAAUUUAGUCUGACAGGUUUUAAAUGUGUUCUCAGGCUUAUUGAACUGGAACAAACAAGGAAGCACAAGCAUUAUUUAUGAGAAGUAAUACCAGCAUAUGAACAAAUAUUUAAUGGAAGCAGUGAAUUUCCUGACCCAAAAAUUUGGACCUGAAACUAGUCAUCCACACUGAUUGCAAAACAGUGCCUAGCUUCCUGAUUUCAGCUUUGGAAGUGCUGACGCACUUUCUUGUUGUUUUCAGCUCAAACUGUUUUGAACUUUCGUGCUUUGAUGAGUUUAGUUGUGUGAAGCUACCUGUGGAUCAUUUUUGGCUUAAUAGAGUUUACUUUUUAGCUGAAUGCAGUAACAUUUUAUUUCUUUUUAUUAAAGCGUUAUAUAGAGAAUAACAAUAAAUGCUAUGCAUCAUGAGCUAGGAUAUAGAUUACUAUGUAUUAAACUAGGGGAGUUUCACUGGAUUUUUAUCAGGAUUUUUACUUUUUCAUGAGGUAUUUGAAACUAUAAAGAGCAAAACAGUGUUGUUGUUUUUUUCCCACUGAUUCGAUAUUAAUUUCCUACAGAUGAACAGAGAUUCUAGUAGUAACUCAUUUGAAAUCAAUGACAGAAUUUGUAUUGGCUUUUAGUAAAUAAUGACUCAGAUGUCUGAAAGAAAAUGCUGAUGGCUGUCAUUCUUCCAAUGAUUUCAUUUUUUCCCCUCCUCCUUCUCCUUAAGGAAAACAAGAUAGAAAUCUAUACCGGAAAAGUGAUACCUUGGUUUAGGAGUAUGUUUAAAACAAUUUAAACUUCAGAAUAGCUGACUGCAUCUUUAAACUAAUGGAUCUGGAAAUUGUCCAAAAGAAGAUGUAGCAAAGAGGAUGAAGUUGACAGAUGGUUAAAAUUAACGUUUUAAUUUCAGUUGAAACAGUAGUGUUUAUUUUCUUAGCUGUUUCCUGGUUAAGUGAAAAGAUGUCAUUUGGUCUUGUAAGAAUUUUUUAAAUUGAGACAUAAAGAUAUCUCUUCUAAAAAAUCCUGCUAUAAUGAAUUCCUGGUGUAAAAUCUUAUUCCCAGCUUUAUUUAGAAAGGAACUAAAUACACUGUUAGCAUCUCACUUUGAAAAGCCAACUAAUUUUAAGCGGUGCUUAUUUUAAAAUAUUGUUUACUACCUUUGUACAUGUUUUGAGUUUUUUAACUGCAAAAUACUUUGAUUUCUAAAUUUUUAUUUAUGGCUGUGACGAUGCAAACUGAUUAAGGCAAUUUCAGCCCACUAUAACUGCCUUUUUCCCCCUCUUUCCAAAAGGGAAAAUAUUUUGUGUGGUGUCCAUGGUUUUGGUUAGCGUGCUCCAUUAGGGGUUUUUUUCACUAGGACAAUGAACUCUGUACAUUUCUCUCUAUAGUUGAAAUGUCAUCUUUGUUCUGGGUACUAGGGAUGUGGCAAUGAUAAUUUGCAAUCUCAGCAUUGGAGAGAAUAGGAUUUUAGAAGAAUUUCAAAUGAUCGACUGUGAUAAGGGUUCCUUUGGUCUGGAUUUUUUUUAAUUUCUUUUUUCUUUAAUCCGUUUGAUUUGAUUGCCUGUGUCUUAUGCUCAAAGCAUUGAAAUUUCUAUAGUUAUUCAUAAUAAAUGAUGUAAUGAUCUUGCAGAGAGCUGAAGUGGAACAUGGAGAGAUCCUGUGAGGUGUGCCCAGUCUCAGCUGUUCUUUAGCACACACUAGGCUUUGAUCUUUAUUUUGCUUCAUUUGCUGGAAAGAAUAUUUAUAACACUGGUUUACUAAUCUCAGAAGCCUGUCUCACGUAUUCUCCUUUACUAAUAGCUUUGUGUAAUUAAUUCAUAUUUCUAUUGCAAUGUGGUGAUUCAUUUAAGUGACAGGCAUUGCAACAAUGCUUUCUUCAUAAUCUUCUUAUGUGUUUGCUGUAGACUUCUGUUGGGUUUGUCUCUUCACUGUCUGAGAAUGUAUAACAAUGUACGGCAAGGUAGUUGAAUAAAGUCCUUUAAUCAGA